GCAGGGUGAAAAUGGAGGCCAGAAAGAGGCUUAGUUCAGGGAUUCACCUCUGGCCCCAAGGCCUUUGGGUGAAGUGGGGGGGAGUGAAGGAAUGGGGGUGAGGAGGUAGAGAACUCGUCACCCUCACCCUUAUAUGACCACGGACAAUGGGCACUUCUUUGUAUCCCCCCCUUAGCCAAGCCUCACCAUAGCCUGUGAGGGAGUGAGGCAGGGCUUAUCAGCUCCAUUAUACAGAUGAGGAAGCUGAGGCCAGUGGAAGUGCUAGCCAAGUCCACGGCUAACACGCAGCAGAGCUGGAGCUCUCCAGGUCCAGGCGUCCUGCCUGGCCCCACUGUGGCAGGUUGCCCGCCCCAGGCUCAAUCAACAGCUAGCGUCUCUUGGAGCCCAAGACUUUCCAACCCUGGGGAGGGGGAGGGGUGGUGAGUGCAUGCGUGAGGGAACUACAUUCUCUUCCUCUGCAGAGAAAAAUACAGGAUGAAUUUUUUUAAGGUCAUCCAGGCACUGAGCUGUUGACAGGGGAAUUUCUAUUGAUUAGCACUGAUAAUAGCAAUUUAUUGGGUACCUACGAGAUGCCAGAUGCCUUCACAUACACUAAAUCAUUGAAUCCUCAGCAACCAGGGGAAUACCCUGGUGGUCCAGUGAUUAGGACACGGGUUUUCACUGCCGUGGACCUGGGUUCAAUCCCUGGUCCGGGAACUAAGAUACCACAAGCUGUGUGGUGUGACCAAAAAACAAAAACCUCAGCAGCCUUGCAUGGUAAGCAUUCGCAACCUCGUUUUAGAGAGGGGGAACCUGGGGCUAAGGAAAAAUCUCCAACAUUCCUAAGAGCUCACCAUGCCCUGAUCCUAUUCUAAGCAUGUAGAAAGUCAUUUAAUCCUCACAGCAACCUCUCCGUGAAAUAAGAACCCACAUUAUCCCCAUUUUACAGAGCAGGGAACCAAGUCAAAGGUUAUGAGUGUUGACCAAGGCUGCACAGCUGGUAGGUAGAGGAGCCAGGAUUCAAACCCAGACCUUUUGGGUCCACAUUCGCCCACAUUCCCACCUGCCAUGCUGGAACUGUUGAGUGGCUUGCUUGAGGUCACCAAGUUACAGGUGACAAAGCUGAGAUUCAGACCCAGGUCUGUGGAUUUGAAACUGCUAGCAGCUGUGCCACACUGUGCCCCGGAUCAUUGGCCACUUUACCCAUCCCACCUCUUAGGGCCCCAAGUUAAAGAAUUGAACUUCAAGCUGGAAGGACUUUUGGUUAGUCUCGGUCAGCUUGGAUCACCACUAACAAAAUACCCCAGACUGGGGGCUUAAACAAGACAUUUACCUCGUACAGCUCUGGAGACUAGAAGUCCGAGAUCAGUGUGCCAGCACGGUCUGGCUCUGUCUGGGGAGAGCUCUUGUCCUAACUUGUAGACCGCCCCCUUCUGGCUCUGUCCUCACAAGGCAGGGAGAAAGGGGGCAAGCUCUGGGUUGGGGGGUGUCUGUCCUUCUAAGGACGCUAAUCCCAUCAUGGGGGCCCCACCCUCCUGACCUCAUCUAAACCUAGUUACCUCCCAAAUGCCCCAUCUCCAAAUACUAUCAUAUAGGAGGGGUUAGGAUUUCAACAUGUGAAUUUUAGGGGAACGCAAUUCAGCCCACAGCGAGGUUCUAUGACCAUUUUGUCUUUCGGGGGAGGACACCGAGUCAGGUAGGGGCUGUGAGUGGCCUGAACUCACUCUGUCAGGAGUAGCAGGCAGGCCCGGCCCUCCAGACCUGUGUCCAGAAGCUACCCACCCUGGACCACACUCACCUGUACCUCUCUCUACCCCUUCCAGACGGAGCCUGUGGCUGGUGAGGCCGCCGAGCAGGGCCAGGCCGGGCCCUGCCCGCAAGGACGCCCAAGCCCUUCACCGGCCCCUGUGCCUGGGAGCCCACCAGGCUCUCCCACUGGCUCCGCCAUGACUUCGGAGCCCACGCCACCCCCGGUCGUGCCCCCGCUCCACUCCCCCAAGUCCCCUGUCUGGCCCACCUUCCCAUUCCACCGGGAGGGCAGCAGGGUCUGGGAGCGAGGCUGUGUCUCGCCUCGGGACCUGCCCAGCCCCCUGCCCACCAAACGGACCAGGACGUAUUCAGCGACAGCCCGUGCCUCGGCUGGCCCCGUGUUCAAGGGUGUCUGUAAGCAGUUCUCACGCUCACAGGGCCACGGCUUCAUCACCCCGGAGAACGGGUCAGAGGACAUCUUCGUGCAUGUGUCUGACAUCGAGGGGGAGUACGUGCCAGUGGAAGGCGACGAGGUGACCUACAAGAUGUGCCCUAUCCCGCCCAAGAACCAGAAGUUCCAAGCCGUGGAGGUGGUGCUCACCCAGCUGGCGCCACACACUCCCCACGAGACGUGGUCCGGCCAGGUGGUGGGCUCCUAGGCUGGCUGGCUCCUGUGCUAGCUGCCAGGCGUUGGGGGAGCCACACAGGGUAGAUGGGCGGCAGCCAGCUCCACGCCCCACGGCACUGGCUGAGCCAGUCCCCCGGGCGGCCUCGGUGUGCAAGUCUGUCUGUCUGUGCUCGUGGACUUGAGUGUGUGCCUCCAUCCACCCUGUGACUAUUGUGAGUCAGACCGAGGGGGAGGCCACCAGACCCGCCUUCCCUGCUUUCCACUCUCUCUCCUUCCUCCCCUCCCUGCCACAUACGCACAGGACCCUCCUGCCCUCCUCACACCCAUCUGCGUGUCCACUGAGCCUCGGCGGGCCUGCGUCAGGCCAGGGCCGGAGUCGGGACAGU